AUGCGGAGCAGCAUCUUUUUGGGCAAGGUGUUGGGGACGAUCCGCCCUGAAGUCGCGGUGGAAAUGCGGAACGGCGCUCUCAAGAGCUGGGGCGCGCCAUGGCUCGAGCAACAGAGCAAAACCGCCACCAUGGUCACCAUCAAGGCCCUCCUCGGGCUCGCCCUCACCCUCUCCGCCCACCUCGCCGCCGCCGAGCCCCUCCACCGGCGCCAGGACACAUCGGACGUGCCCGUCGAGCUGGCCGCCAACCCGUCCACGGGCUGCAACAAGGCCCCCACCAUCACGUCGGGCACCAAGUCCAUCACCGUCAACGGCCGGAACCGCCAGUACGUGGUCCGCGUGCCCAACAACUACGACCGCGCCCGCGCCUACCGCCUCAUCUUCGCCUUCCACUGGGUCGGCGGCACCAUGAACGACGUGGCCGGCGGCGGCACCGACCGCGAGCUGUGGUCCUACUAUGGGCAGCAGCGCGUCGCCGGCGAGGCCGCCAUCCUCGUCGCCCCGCAGGGCAACGGCAACGGCUGGGCCAACUCGGGCGGCGAGGACAUCGCCUUCGUGGACGCCAUGGUGGCCCAGCUGCAAGGGGGCCUGUGCGUCGACACGCGCCAGCUGUACGCCAUCGGCUUCAGCUACGGCGGGUCCAUGAGCUACUCGAUCGCCUGCAGCCGCGCAAAGGUCUUCAGGGGCGUGGCCGUCAUCAGCGGCGGGCAGCUGAGCGGGUGCGCCGGCGGCUCCGACCCCAUCGCCUAUCUGGGCAUCCACGGCAUCACCGACGGCACGCUCGGCAUCGCGAGCGGGAGGGGCCUGCGGGACCGGUUCGUGCGCAACAACGGCUGCAGCAGCAUCAGCCCCAGCGAGCCGGCGCGCGGGAGCGGCGUCCACGUCAAGACCGAGUACCCGGGCUGUAAGGCCGGGUUCCCCGUCACCUGGAUCGCGUUCGACGGCGGACACUGGCCCGGCGCCGUCGACAACGGCCCGGAGAGCGGCGCAAAGUCUCGAGCUCGCAUCAACCAUCCCAUCAACCCACCGGCAUUCUGCAAGGCCAGCAGCCCUUUCCCGCCUGGAGAGCGCCAAGCCCUCGGCAUCAACGGCCGGGAGCCAGAAGCAGCACAGGCCCCGUCGUUUGGUGCCGAUGCAAGCGUGCUGCACUGA